AUGGCUCUAUAUCAAGGUCACUUUUUCGCCUUAUGAACACUUUGAAUGAUGACUUGAAGGAGAAUGGCUUUGACUCUCUGGUUAUUGUCUAUUACAAUUGUGGAAGCAUCUCAAAAUUUCACAGCUUUGAGCUACAUGGUGUUGUGAAGCUUAAAUACACUUCUAGUGAGGAAUUCCAUUUUGCUCUUCAACAAAUCAUAUCACCAGUAGCUAUUAACUCAAUGCCUGUCACUAUUACCCAAGAGUCAGCUACAGAAAUCCAAACAUGGUUUCAGCAGAUCCACAAUUCUCCCAAUGCCAAUAAAGCUGCUAGAAAAAUCCAAAACUGGAUUCAUAAGACUCUUGAUCGAAAGAAAUCCCAUCAACUUCAUCAUGAUCCAUUGCUAGAAAAGACAUAUAAUGAAGUAACAAUUUUUUGCCAGAAUUCCUUGAGGCAUAAAAGGCGCAAGUAUAUUAUUCUCUUGAGAGGACCAACAGUAGAUGUGAUUGUGAAGCUUAAUAAGCUGCAGAGCAAAAUGGAUGUAACCAAAGGAAACUUGAAUAAAAUAAUUAAUAAUCAUGCUUUUAGUAUGGACAAAGUUGAAGAAUAUGUUGAUUUGCUGGAAGAUCUUAAGUACAUCCAUUAUGAAAAUGUUAAGCAAGCAUUGAAUUCAUUGUCAACAACUGACAGUGCAGUGGAACACAUGCAAGAAAAUGUUGAAUGGUUGGAAAGUAAAUUACAAGAGGCACAUGAUAUAAUUAAUCAGAAUUCUGGAAAUUCUAUCAAAAUACCAGAAAAGGUUAUCAAUCUCACAUUUUUUCAGUAA